AUGUCAUCCCGAUCUGAGAAGGGUAAGGGUCAGAAGACCCGACGCCCAAGAGCAGUAGUAUGCCAGUCUCCUCAGACAGCAGUGUGCCCCCCCCCACAGAGUCAGUUAGCAGGUUACAUGUCCAUGGCUAGUACCCAACCUCUUACGUCAUUACUCUCCUCUCAGGGGAGGCCUAUGUCUGGGUCACCAUCUUUUAUUCGCCCACCUAUGGACUUUAGUUAUCCGUUUCAGCAGACUGCAGGACCUAGUUUUUCAUCAUACCAGCAGACUGGAGGAUAUAGUUUUCCACCUAACACACAGGUGCCCCCAGGAUUCCAGCAGACUGGAGGAUCUGCUAGCUUUCCACCUAACACACAGGUGCCCCCAGGAUUCCAGCAGACUGGAGGAUCCCACACUCCAUAUCCCACACAGGUGCCCUUAUCCUUCCAGCAGACACAGAUGCCCCCACGCUUCCAGCAGACUGGGGGAUCCCACACCCCGCAUCCCACUCAUAUACCUGCACGUAAGGAUGAUCAUGUGGAGCCGGGUGGGGAUGAUACUGUGCAGGAUGCAGAUGAUGUUCAGUCUGAUGGUGACGAUGUUCAGGGGGAGGAUGAUCCGAGUGAGAUUCAUAUCAUUGACGGUAGAUAUUAUAUUUGGCCCGCUGGAAAUUCGUUUGGGCCGAGUCAGACUGCUGCCAGGUGUGUGUACUAUGUGAUUCAGCAAAUGUAUAAAGAAGCUUGGACGACUUUUGGAGAUGUUACAAAUAAAGAUGCUUGGUUUAAUUGCUUUAAGGAAAAGUGUACGUGGGAUCCAAUGAGCGAGAAACUUGUUAAAAAAAAUUAUUUCAGCAGAACAUCAAAAAGACUUUCUGACACGUUGCGCAAUGUUAGAAAGCGUUGGGAACGUGAUGGUAGUCGUCCUGGGUGGUUGGGCCAAGAAGUUCUUGAAAAACUUAUUGCAUAUUGGAAUUCAAAGGAAUUUAAAGCUAAGUCUGAAAAUGCUAAAAAAAUGAGGGCAUCUGAAAAAGGAGGUCACCUUAAUGCAGUUGGAAGUAUAAGCACUUACGAACAUUCUCGACGCAUGGCUAAAAGGUUGGGGAGACAACCACUCAUGAUCGAGUUGGUUAAAGAAACUAGGACAAAAAAAUCGGGUGAUUUAGUUGACGAGCGUACUCGAAAAGCUUUGGAGGAUUAUCAAACAAAGCUUGUGGAUUUUUUGGUCGCUAAUCCCAAAUAUACUCCUAGAGAAGCAGAGCCGCUUCAUCCAGAUGUUUAUUUUUAUAUUUGGAGUGAAGUCAUUGACGGAAAAGGGCCUAAUGGAUGUUUUUUUGGUGCGGGAAAUUUGGCGGGAAGCUUGAGAAGUGGAGAUCGAAAUUUAUUUCAAAGAGUUAGAGACGGGGAAGGAUCGUCACGUCCAACACAAUUGGCACCGCAAGUAAUGGAAACAAUAAGACAGUUGGCUCUAACUGAGGCGAGACGCGAGUUAGCGCAACGUGAGGCGGAGCUAAAGGCCCAAAUGGAUGAACGUGAGGCGGCGCUAAAAGCACAAGUGGAGGGGCAACAACGGCAAAUAGAGGCAAUGGCAAAGAUGCAAGCAGAGAUGCAACCACAACAAAUAGAGGCAAUGGCAAAGAUGCAAGCAGAGAUGCAACAACAAAUGCGGUUAUUUAUGCAGUCUCAACAAAGUGGUGGUCAACCGUCUAGAGGAAACGUGGGAGCGGCUGACACUGAGCAAGAGAAUGAUCAUGAUUUCAACCUUGAUAACUAUCCCGAUCCCGAAGAUGAUUUUUUAGGAUGA